CAGCGGGAAGAUGGCGGUCGCAUGUUCAGCUCCUUUUCGUCUCUUGGGACAUGUAUGACCUUAUAAUUGGCAAACCACCGGCUUUCAGCCACUUCCCACUCCAUUAUAAAUUGCUCGUUUGAACUGUGCUGAAGGUGGACAAGGUAACACUGCCAUCUUGAUGUCUCUUGGGCACACUUGAUUCUGCUUGACCAUCUUCAUGACAGUCAUUGAUGCUUUGUUACAAAAGGGCAAGUGGAUGGAUAAUUUGGUAGCUUUGAGGAAGAGGCUGAUGAAGACUGAAAAAAGUUUGCAGAGCUCAAGAAUAGAUUUUAACAGUUCCCGAUUAAAUGACCAGUCUGAUGACUCUCCAAAGCAAGAUCAUACCCCAGCUUUAACAAUGGAAGAUCUCUUUCAAUACAAUCCAGCAGUUCCUCCAAUGAACAAGCAUCAUCCGACAGCUGCUGAGAAAACGCUUCCUCAAAAAAAUGUUUUUAGUAACAUUAGUCCAACUAGCAGUUUUGGAGGCAGGACACCUCAUUUACCAACUAUAUCUGGUGUGGAGCAGGAAAAUGAACAAUUAUGGAGAAAGCUCAGUUCACUUCGAGAGGACAAUGCUCGUUUGGUCUCCCAGAAUCAUAGUUUGGUGCGGGAAAUUGAAAGUAUACAGAUGGAGCUGACUGAAUCAAAAGCUAAAUUUUGUCAUCUUGAACCAUCUAUUAAUGAAAAGGCACAUCAUAUUUCUCAGUUAAAUGAAGAUAUCCUGGGUUUAGAGGCAGAAGUAGAGGCUCAAGAGAAAGCUCUCAGAGUUGCGGAAGAAAAAUUGGAAGAGAGUCAAUGGAUGGUAGCUGAGAAGGACAAACUGGUGGAAAAAUUGUCAGAAGAAUGCAAAAGGAUAAAGAACGAGCUUUAUGAACAAAGUAGAAGAGGAAAGAGAGCUGAACAACAAAGAAAUGAAGCCCUAUUUAAUGCCGAAGAACUUUCUGCAGCUUUCAAACGCUACAAGGAAAAGACUGCAGAAAAAUUUACAAAGUUUCGAGCUAAUGAAGAGGAUUGGCAGAGCAGCUUGGAUCACUGUGACAAGGACAGAGAGGAGUUAUAUGAGAAAUGUACAACCCUAGAAAAAGAAUUAGAAAAAAAGAAUGAAGAAAUCAGGCUUUUAAUGGAACAGAACUGUGAUCUAAAGGUGGUUCAAAAGGACCUGGAGGCUAAAAAUUCAGGGCUCUUUUCAGUUUUAUCUGAUGCGAAAGAAAAGGUUAAAAUGUUGGAGAAUGAACUGGCCAACAAAGAGACUGUUUUGAAAGAUCGAGAAGGCUUGAGGCUAGAGAAUGCAGAACUAAGAUUACUUACAACUUCCCAAAAUGAAAAGAUGCUUCAGUUCAGUAAAGAGCUAGAGAGCACUAAAUUGGAGAUGAGGAACUUGGAGUCACUUCUACAACUGCAUCGGACAGGAAAUAAAGAGGGCGAAAGUGGUAUAUUCAGUGCAGGGAUAACAAGUGCAAGCUGCUUAGAUGUCUUUUCUUCUACCAGAAAGGAAAAUGAAAUGAAAGAUUCCAAAUUAAGUGCUGAUUUUGGUGAUUCUCUUUUUACAGACACCAGACUAAAAUUAGGAAUGAAAGGUAGUGAAAUUCAGAAGCUACAAUCUAGCCUGACCAACAGCAAAGUCUCAAAGCAACAAUGUCCUGAUGUUUUCGACAAAAGUGGAGAUUCAUUGGAUAGAAUAAGCCCCGAACUAACCUCACACAGAAAAAAGAACACUGAGAGAAAGACCUUGGAACAGCAUUUAGAAGAAAAACGAUGUAAACAAAAGGAAGUUGAAGAACUGCAGACAAAAUUAUUGGAGGCAGAAUGUACAAUCUCAACAUUGGAGAAUCGGAUGACUGAGCAGAUAAACAGUUUUCAGAACUUUGAAGAGCAACUGUUGGAAAAAGAACAUGGCAUUGAGAAGUUGGAACAGGAGCUGAAAAAAACAAAAUCGCAGCUUUCCACUAUGGAGAAACAAUUGGAGGAGAAAACGAUUGCCUACUCGACCAAUGCGGUGAAAGUCGUUGAAUGUGAACAAGCACUUGCGGAAAAAAAUAAUGAAAUUAUCAAAUUGGAAAAAUUAAUUGAAGAACAACAACAAGAAAAUAUUGUUGCUAAUGAACAGACCAAGAAGUUACAAACUGAGCAGUGUCAUGAGCUGGAAAAGCAGAUUGAAAUUCUUGAAAGUGAACUGGAAGAGAAACAAGUGCAGAUAAUAAAACAAAAGCAAACAAUCUCAACUUUUCAGGAUGAUAUCUAUGCCAAGGAAAGCAGAAUUGAAUCAUUGGAAUUUCUACUUGAAGAAACCAGACAGGAGUCAAAGAAGCAAAAUGAAAGAAGUGAUGCUACACUAAAAGCCUUGCAAACUCAAGUAGGAGAAGGAACUUCCAAAGUUAAAGAACUGGAAACUGCACUGGUGAAGUGCAAGGAGGAGCUAAAAAUGCAACUGCAACAGGUUGAUGAAAACAGGGAACAGCAAGAGAAACAAUUGAGAAAAAAAUCAGAAGAGGUACAUCGCCUCCAGAAAGAGCUGAAAAUGUCUGCACACAAUUUAAAGGAAGCAAAUGAGCAGAAUGUUCAACUCCAGCAGACAUUGCUGCAAUACCAACAAAUGUUACAGCAAGGGACAGCUAGGAUUGGAGACUUGGAGGACCACCAGGCAGUUCUAGAGAGAGAGGUUUCUAAACUGGAGCAAGAGUUAUUGAAACAGAAGAUGUCAUUUACAGAUGAGCUUUCCAAAGCAGAAGGCAAGCUUUUCAAGGCCUAUGAAGAACAGGAUUCCAAACAUCAGCAGGUGUCUGAACUUACCAGUGCUAUGAAAGACAUAAAGACAGAGAUGGAAAAAUGCAAAGAUGAAGUUACUGUAUUGGAAAAAGAACUUUUUCAACUAAGGCGAGAUAUCACAAACAAGGAUGUUUAUCUUAACCAGUUAGAAAUGACUCUGCAUAAUGCGCAGGCAGAAUUGAACAAGAAAUCUGAACAAGUUCAUGAUCUGGAAGAAAAUCUGCACCAAACUGAGUCAGACCGGAGGAAUUCGGUGCAGAAAGCUCAAGAGAUGGACAAUCAAUUAAAGAACAUGUAUAAGGAAUUACAAGACACUUUAGAUCAGCUUAAGGAGCUUCGAGAUGUACUUCAAAAGGCUCAGAACAGCAUUGAGGAAAAGAAUUACACCAUUGAAGAGCUCACAAAUGAACUAAGACAGUGCAAAGGCGAACUGCAAGAGAGAGAUGCGAAAAUCAUUGACAUGGACCAGGCACUUAAAGACAGGCAAUGGGAGCUCCAACAGAGGGCAGCUCGGCUUACACAAUUGGAUAUGGAUGUUCGUGAGCACAAAACUGAGAUGGAACAGAAAAUUAUCUAUUUACAAGGUUCUUUGGAGAAAUCCGAAUUGACCAUUAAGGAAUGCAAUAAACAGGUGGGAACUUUGGAUGAAAAGCUGCAGCUCACACAAGAACAGUUAUGCGAGAAAGACUUUGUACUGCUACAGAAGGAACAGCAAAUAAAUCAGCUGAAAUGUGAAGUUGAAGGAAAGCAUUUACAGAUUGAAGAAUACGAGCAGAUUCUGAAAAGUAAGGAGCAGUGCAUUUUAAAACAACAGCAGGAGGUAUUAGGUGAAAGUCAACAAGUGCGCCUAGCUCGUGAACAAAUGCAACGCUGUCAUCUGGAAUUGAGGGAGACUCAGCAACGGCUAGCUCAGGUACAAAGAGAGGCAGACCGUUUAACUCUUGAGCUGGAUGAAACUAUUCAACUAUCUCGUGAAAAGGAAGCUUAUGCUGUUCACCUUGCAGAAGACUUGUCUGCCGCUCAGGUUCGAGAAACCCAAUUAGAAAUAAAGACGCAGGCAGAGAUAAAGAAGUUAAAAGAAUUGGUGGAACACUUAAAGAAUGCUCACGAGAAGGAGAUCAACGUGCUUAAAGAAAGCAGACUGCAAUUAUUAGCAUCAACUGAGGAGAGCUCUGCUACUCAUAUGUCAAAUGAACAGGUACUACAAUUGAAACAGGAGCUAGAAAAAAGCCAGGAAACUAUCCUACAUCUUGAGUCAGAACUCCACACUCAAAGGGAGGUGAUAAGUGCCGCUAAAGAAGCUCUCAUAAUUAAGGAAUCUGAAGUAGCAAGGCUGCAAGUCAAAAUUUCUGGAUUUGAAAGAGCUAAAGGAAAACAGCAGCUGCCUUCUCCUAUGCCACAACCUCAAAAUGAAGCUGAGAAUAGAAAAGACUCCACAAUGCAAGCUUGGAGCUUCUACCCUUUUGCCAAAAACAUGAAUAGAUCUUUCAGUGUUAAUGAUAUGUAUGGGACUGAUAUUGGUUCAGCAUUAAAUUCUCUGAAUUGCUCUAACAGGAUUCGAGAAAUACUUGAACAGUCUUUCAACCCCGCAAACAUCAGUUCACAAGAUAUUAAGGACAUUUCCUGUCCAGAGCAACCAGAGGGUGCUGCUUUACUCACUAGCUCUCCAAAAGCAGAAACUGAAGAGGAUUUGGAACUCACUAACCUAGCUAGCAACAGUAACUUGGAAACUUUAAGUGGAAUGAUCAAUCAUUUGAUUGCCAAGGAGCAAAAUAAUACUAAGCUGGGCUCCCCAGUUGACAAGUCACCUGGAUUGUCUAGUGAACAGAUUAAAUCAAGAGCGGAAGAAUGUUCAGCAGGAAGGCGCAGAAUUUCAAAUCAGGACAGUGCCUGCUGUAGCCUGAAUGAUCCUGACAUAAAUGUCCCAAGUCAUUCUUCCCUGCCAUUGAAAUAUGCUGGAAAAUGUCAUUUACUUCAACUUCAUCAAUGUAUGAAUGACCUUUCUGAAGGAUCUGAACAAGAUUAGUCUCAAAAGUGAAUCAACUACAAGAUGAAGAUAUAGCAGGAACUUGUUGAACACUGGUUUCUAACUAAGUGGCAUUAAACAUGCAAUAUGCAGCAGUGAUGGAAAAUGCAUUGACACUGUCUUUAUGCCAAACAGAGUUUUGGCAAUAAAACUUUUCUAAUUUUAUAGUGCCACGCAGGUAAUUUAUUGUGUAGGUGUGGUGUUGAAAAGUAACUUUUUUAUG